UGUGUGACGUCAUAAUAAAGGGACGCUCGCUAAAGGACAUGUCAAAACAACUUUUACUAGUGCCCUGAACACACAUAACAUUAAGACUAUGUUUGUUUGUAGAGGAACAGGCGCUACUGGAGCUGCAUUGCAGAUUUUUUUCAGGAAUCAGACUGCCAUCCGUGGGCAAGCCUGGCGGUUCCUUUCCACGCAAACUGAGGGGGAGAUCCGUAUCGCAAAGGUACUCAAGGAAAAGUUCCCACUGGCGUCAUCCCUGAAAGUUGUAGAUAUCUCUGGUGGCUGUGGGGCCAUGUACGAGGUUCACAUAGAGUCGAGUGAGUUUACCGGGAAGAGGACUGUUCAGCAACACCACCUUGUCAAUCAGGCACUGAAGGAUGAGAUUCAAGGAAUGCAUGGACUCCGAAUAUUCACAGAUAUUCCAAAACAAUAAUUCCACAGAAGCAAUAACUGACUCCACUCAAUGUUCAGAAUUCAUGCUAUAAAUAAGCAGUGACUAUGUUUACCUGCCGCCAGGAAUCCUUUUGGGACCUGAAUAUUAGCAACAUUCGGGUUGCAGAAUAAACACCAGCAUAAACCUGAAUAUGCCCAUAUUCUGCUUUUUAAAAGCCUGAAUGAAUUGCACCUUUUCUAACCUGAAUAUUUGGUCGUAUAAACGCAUAUUGUAAUAUACAUGCGCAUGAUCUACCCGCAAGGAAUCUUGGUCUCUGAUUACAAGAACUACUUGUAUGCAUGGAGUGACCUACUCUUGCACACAAGCAGCGGUAACUUGGCCAAACUUUAACACAGCACCACACUAUUGGCGCAAGGAGGAAACUGACAUGUAAAAGACAUGAAUAUGUGUUUUUUUUUGUUGACAGGAAUAACUUAAGAAGCAGAAAUUACUAUUUGCAUUAUGAUGGUUUUUGUGUCUUGAGAAGGGCAUUUCCCAAUUGAUCACGGUAACCAUGGAUACAGUAGUAACUCUGCCCACGCAUGUCCGUUUUUCAGAAUGUUUCAGAAACCAAAAUUUUGACGGCAGGUAAACAUAGUCAGUGUAAUAGGAGCUAUUAUAGUAGGCACGUUUUUAUCACACUUAUCAAUCCAUACUUAAAAAAAGAAAAGGAAGGGCUGCUGCAUACGCACAAAAUGUCAGAUUUCUCUUCAUAGUUUCUUUCAUGGUUGGUGAACAUAUUUAUGAAAGUAAUGUAAUAUUGUGGCAAUGUUACCUGUGAAUGUGAGUCAAAUGUAUAAAUUAAAGUCCUUGUAUCAUUUGAAGGGUUUGAACAAUGAAUUGGUCUGCCAAAUAAAUUGUACCCAUUAUGGCCCUUCAAAGAA